UGCAUGUGUAUUACGACAGAAUCAGGAUGGCUUUCUUAUGCAGAUAUUUAUUAGGUGUCGUAAUGUUAAGUUUCCAAGCACAGUUAAUAAAAAGAAAGUUCUGCGGAGACACAAAUGAAGGGAUAGAGAGAUGCUGUACAGAUUACAAAUAUGUACCCGGUACUUGUGAACCAUGCUAUGGAUCGUUUGGUAUAGAUUGUGUCAAUCCUUGUUCAGAUGGGUUCUAUGGUCACGGAUGUAAGAUGAAAUGUAAUUGUUCGAGCUUUGAACUGUGUGACCGGGUUAUUGGAUGCGUUGAGAACAGUAACAUCAUUUGUAAAAGCAAUGUUACUGCAGAGGAUGAAUGUUGUAGAGAUUAUUAUAGAAAUGGUCCGGAGUCAUGCGAACCUUGUAUCGGAUCCAGAGGAUACAACUGUUCUAUACCUUGUGAGUUUGGAUUCUUUGGACACGGUUGUCGUGAGAAGUGUAACUGCACUAGCGAUACUCAUUGGUGUGAUGCCGAAGUUGGAUGUAUACAAAAAAAUGGUAUAAAAACAAAUGUUUUAAUUACUAGUAUGUUUUAAAAGAGAAAUCAAAUUGCUUUCUUGUUAAUCUUAUUUAUGUUACGUGAAAUCUUGAUA